AUGGAUUAUAGAUCAAAUGUGACAUACAUAACUUUUGGUGGGCAUGUGGAAGUGCAAAAAUAUAGAUAUCUUUAUUUUGUGAUCAUGUUUACGAUGUAUAUUUUAAUAAUUAGCUGUAAUGUCAUAAUUGUGUGCAUCAUAAUGAUUCACAAAAACCUGCAUGAGCCAAUGUACAUUUUCAUUGCAGCUUUGUUAAUCAACUCUGUUCUUUUCAGCACUAUUAUCUACCCAAAGCUUUUGAUUGACUUCUUAUCAGAAAAACAGAUCAUAUCUUAUCCAGCAUGUCUCUUCCAGUGGUUUUCAUAUUACUGGUUAGCUGCUUCAGAUAUCUUGCUCUUGUCCAUCAUGGCCUAUGACAGAUAUGUGUCCAUAUGUAACCCUCUGAAAUAUACAACCAUCAUGCAAAAAAAAACUGUUAACAUCUUUCUUAUUUCGGCUUGGGUUCUGCCUGCUUGUUUGUUGUCAGUAGGACUAUUACUAAUUGCUAAAAAAGAAAUCUGUACAUUUAAUUUGAAAGGAAUACUUUGCAACAGCACAGUUCAAACACUUCACUGUGUUAGAUCAAGAACACUGAAUAUAUAUGGCUUGGUUAAUUUGGUUACUGUUUUAAUUCUCCCUGUUCUCUUUAUACUCUUCACAUACAGCAGGAUACUUGUAGUAUUGUAUCGAUGUAGAGGAGUCAGGAGAAGAGCUGCACAGACCUGUUUACCCCAUCUGCUGGUUCUAAUCAACUUUUCCUGUUUAACUGCAUAUGAUGUACUUCUUCUUCGACUGGAACUCAAUUCGCCCAAAAUUGUAGGUUUAAUAAUGACUUUACAAGCUGUAAUAUAUCACCCCCUUUUUAAUCCAAUCAUUUAUGGACUAACAAUUACGAGGAUUUAUGAUCACCUUAAAAGGCUCUUCUGCUGAAUGGUGUAGUGUCUUCACACUGAUGACUGUCAUUGUUUUCUUUUCCUAAUACAGAUACUUUUAAAGACUUUUUUCUAAAACAAUCAUGAACAGAUAAUU